AAAAAUGAGAAAUAAAGUAAAUUAAUGUUUGAUAUUACUUUUGGAUUCAGUCCAUUACUGUGCCUAAAUAAAAUUGUACCAGUACAUAUCAGGCAAUCAGUUCCACAGAUGAUUGUGAAACCACGAACUGGAAUGAUUGAAGCAUUUUGUAAAACUCUCUGAACUUUGAUAUUUACUAAGUGACCUUAAAGCCCUAGCUUCGUGGUAGUGCACUUAAAUUCAGAACCACACUUGGUAACUAAUAAUGAAAGAUUUCAAACCCCAAACAGUGCAACUGAAACUUUUGUAUUAGCACACUACUGAGAAUAUCUAACAUGUUGUUACUAACCAAUGUCAUUCUCACCUUGUGGGUUUCCUGUGCUAAUGGACAAGUGAAACCUUGUGAUUUUCCAGACAUUAAACAUGGAGGUCUAUAUCAUGAGAAUAUGCGUAGACCAUACUUUCCAGUAGCUGUAGGAAAAUAUUACUCCUAUUACUGUGAUGAACAUUUUGAGACUCCUUCAGGAAGUUACUGGGAUUACAUUCAUUGCACACAAAAUGGGUGGUCGCCAGCAGUACCAUGUCUCAGAAAAUGUUAUUUUCCUUAUUUGGAAAAUGGAUAUAAUCAAAAUUAUGGAAGAAAGUUUGUACAGGGUAACUCUACAGAAGUUGCCUGCCAUCCUGGCUACAGUCUUCCAAAAGCACAGACCACAGUUACAUGUACGGAGAAAGGCUGGUCUCCUACUCCCAGAUGCAUCCGUAUCAUGAAACCUUGUGAUUUUCCAGAAAUUCAACACGGAGACCUAUAUUAUAAGAGUUUGCGUAGACUAUACUUUCCAGCAGCUGCAGGACAAUCUUAUUCCUAUUACUGUGAUCAAAAUUUUGUGACUCCUUCAGGAAGUUACUGGGAUUACAUUCAUUGCACACAAGAUGGUUGGUCACCAACAGUCCCAUGCCUCAGACAAUGUAUUUUCAAUUAUUUGGAGAAUGGAUAUAAUAAAAAAUAUGGAAGAACAUAUUUACACUGGUCUCCUCCUCCCAGAUGCAUUCGUGUCAGAACAUGCUCAAAAUCAGAUGUAGAAAUUGAAAAUGGAUUCGUUUCUGAAUCUUCCUCUAUUUAUAUUUUAAAUGAAGAAACACAAUAUAAUUGUAAACCAGGAUAUGCAACAGCAGAUGGAAAUUCUUCAGGAUCAAUUACAUGUUUGCAAAAUGGAUGGUCAACACAACCAAUUUGCAUUAAAUUUUGUGAUAUGCCUGUUUUUGAGAAUUCCAGAGCCAAGAGUAAUGGCGUGCGGUUUAAGCUCCAGGACACAUUGGACUAUGAAUGCUAUGAUGGAUAUGAAAGCAGUUAUGGAAACACCACAGAUUCCAUAGUGUGUGGUGAAGAUGGCUGGUCCCAUUUGCCAACAUGCUAUAACUCUUCAGCAAAGUGUGGGCCUCCUCCACCUAUUAGCAAUGGAGAUACCACGUCCUUCCCGCAAAAAGUGUAUCUGCCAUGGUCAGGAGUCGAGUACCAGUGCCAGUCCUACUAUGAACUUCAGGGUUCUAAAUAUGUAACAUGUAGUAAUGGAGAGUGGUCAGAACCACCAAGAUGCAUAUCAAUGAAACCUUGUGAGUUUCCAGAAAUUCAACAUGGACAUCUAUAUUAUGAGAACAUGUAUAGACUAUACUUUCCAGUAGCUGCAGGAAAAUCUUACUCCUAUUACUGUGACCAAAAUUUUGUGACUCCUUCAGGAAGUUACUGGGAUUACAUUCACUGCACACAAGAUGGGUGGUCGCCAACAGUCCCAUGCCUCAGAACAUGCUCAAAAUCAGAUAUAGAAAUUGAAAAUGGAUUCGUUUCUGAAUCUUCCUCUAUUUAUAUUUUAAAUAAAGAAAUACAAUAUAAAUGCAAACCAGGAUAUGCAACAGCAGAUGGAAAUUCUUCAGGAUCAAUUACAUGUUUGCAAAAUGGAUGGUCAGCACAACCAAUUUGCAUUAAAUUUUGUGAUAUGCCUGUUUUUGAGAAUUCCAGAGCCAAGAGUAAUGGCGUGCGGUUUAAGCUCCAGGACACAUUGGACUACGAAUGCUACGAUGGAUAUGAAAUCAGUUAUGGAAACACCACAGGUUCCAUAGUGUGUGGUGAAGAUGGGUGGUCCCAUUUCCCAACAUGUUAUAAUUCUUCAGAAAAGUGUGGGCCUCCUCCACCUAUUAGCAAUGGGGGUACCACCUCCUUUCUACUAAAAGUGUAUAUGCCACAGUCAAGAGUCGAGUACCAAUGCCAGUCCUACUAUGAACUUCAGGGUUCUAAUUAUGUAACAUGUAGUAAUGGAGAGUGGUCGGAACCACCAAGAUGCAUACAUCCAUGUAUAAUAACUGAAGAAAACAUGAAUAAAAAUAACAUAAAGUUAAAAGGAAGAAGUGACAGAAAAUAUUAUGCAAAAACAGGGGAUACCAUUGAAUUUAUGUGUAAAUUGGGAUAUAAUGCAAAUACAUCAAUUCUAUCAUUUCAAGCAGUGUGUCGGGAAGGGAUAGUGGAAUACCCCAGAUGCAAAUAAGGCAGCAUUGUUACCCUAAAUGUAUGUCCAACUUCCACUUCUUCCACUUCUCACUCUUAUGGUCUCAAAGCUUGCAAAGAUAACUUCUGAUAUUGUUGUAAUUUCUACUUUAUUUCAAAGAAAAUUAAUAUAAUAGUUUCAAUUUGCAACUUAAUAUAUUCUCAAAAAUAUAUUAAAACAAACUAAAUUAUUGCUUAUGCUUGUACUAAAAUAAUAAAAACUACUCUUAUAUUGGACUUCUUAUCAAUGAAUUAGUAAGUAUAGAGACAGACAGCUGAAUGGCUUUCUGCAUAUUGUAUAGUAUACCUAGACAUAGAAACAAAAUGACUUUAGAUUUUAUUUGGGGAAGUAAUAAUACCAUAAAAUUAGAUAUUAACAUUGUAAGUGAAAAUAAACACACUGUAGUAUUCCCUUAUUGUAGCCAUGGUCCUCUAGAUGCAGUUAACCAAAUAGGGUCAUUUUUAUUAAAAGUAGUGUUUCCUGCCAAACACUGACAUUACAUCAUUAUCAUGAUUUAAAGGAAAUAGUACUAGAGAAGGUGAAUUAUUAUCAUUUUCCUGUGAAAAAAGAAAAGAGGUUUUGCUAACCCUUUCAGAGCAUUGGGAACACAGCCAGAAGUGCAUUAAAUGUAUAUAUUAACUUGGGCAAUGUUGACACUUUAGGAUGCUGAAGCCAGGUGCAGUGGCACACGCCUGUAAUCCCAGCACUUUCAGAGGCCAAGCUGGGAAUCAUCUGAGGUCAAAAGUUCAAGACCAGCCUGGUCAACACGGUGAAACCCUGUCUCUACUAAAAAUAGAAAAACUAGCUGGGCAUGAUGGCGUGCACCUGUAGUCCCAGCUACUCAGGAGGCUGAGGUGGGAGAAUCACUUUAACCAGUGGGGCAGAAGUUGAACUGAGCCAAGAUAGUGCCACUGCACUCCAGCCUGGGCAAUAGAGUGAGACUCUGUCUUAAAAAUAAAUAAAUAGGAUGCUGAAAAUUCCUAUUUAAGGAAAUAAUUCUUUUUCUGAUUUAUUUAAGGCUACAUUUGUAUUUUCUUAGUACAAAUAUUUUGAAAGUUUCUUCAUAUAUGAUUUUUGCAUUUCUUAUUAAGUUUUGCUUCAGAUUUUUUUUGUCUUUUCUCCUGUUAAUUGCCUUCACUCUCUUUCUGUUCUGUACUUUUCUUUGUAUAUAAGGAUUUUUUGAAAAGAUUGUAUAUCCCUGUUAACAAAUUGAAAUCUCUAUUCACUUUAAUAGAUUUUUACCCCCAGUUAGCAUAUGGUUAGUGAGAAGUUGCAGGGUAAGAAGAAAACAAUAUUCCCUUUCCCAACACUUUUCCUGAUUAUAGAGAAAAAAGCAUGAACUUGUAUAAUGAUCUAGUCCUGUACAGAAUGAGAAAUAUUAAUUGCUAGACUGAGAAUGUUUUGGUGGCUAAAGCUAGGAAUAACUUUUUAAGACUGAAGAAUGAUAUAAGCUAUCAAAUCUAACUGAGUUUUCAAAUAACAGGUGUGCAGAGACUGGAGAAUAAAAAGUAAAAAAUUGCUUUAUUAAUUCCAGUGACUAAUUCUACUUCAUCAACAGAUAUCAUAAAUAAAAUUUCAAAAAUAAUUGCUGAUAUGGUUUGGCUGUGUCCCCACCCAAUUCUCACCUUGAAUUAUAUAAUCCCCAUGCAUCAAAGGUAGGGCCAGGUGGAGAUAAUGGAAUCAUGGGAGCAGUUUCCCCAUACCCCACUCAUGGUAGUAAAUACAUCUCAUGAGAUCUAAUGGUUUUAUAAAUGAAAGUUCCGCUGGACAAGUUCUCUUGCCUGCCACCAUGAAAGAUGUACCUUUGCUACUCAUUCACCUUCUGUCAUGAUGGUGAGGCCUUCCCAGCAAUGUGGAACUGUGAGUCCAUUAAACCUCUUUCCUUUAUAAAUUAA